AUGGCAGCAAACUCAUCUAACGCACUGAAGCACUGGGCCCGCAUCAUCCAGCGAUGGCCUGUAGACAAAGUCCGCCCUGAACCGGUGUCCUUCCAGACGAUCAUGCGACGACGUGUCGAGCGUCUGACGAAUCCAGUUCUGGCCACCGAGGCAGGCAAGACGCCGAGCAGUGAAGCCCCGGUCGAGACGCAACCACCACCAACCCUGAACGAGCAGAAAGAGAUGGGCCAGGUCAAUGCACUUUACUCGCUGCUGGAGAACCGCUAUGCUACGGCAUAUCCUAUGCCGGAAACCAUGCGGUAUCCGGCGAGUCGGAAGACGCAUUACGAUGAUCUGUUGAAGGAGCUCGAGCUGCGCGACCGAGGGGCAGAUGGGAGUCAUUCAUGCAACGGCUUAAGGGUCGGUUCCGUUUGA